AUGUGGCUUAAUGGGUAUCCCGAUGAUGGGGAAGGGUUCUACCCUAGUCUGAGCGCUGUUUGCUUCUACAAAGAGCUUGGUAUGCGGUCGUUCUUGCGACGAGGUCCCAAGAUUUGGUCUAUGAUCUUCUCUGUGGUUAUCGUUGGGGUUUCCUUUGUUCGGUGCGGUAUACAGCUACUCGAUCGUGGCGGAGACGUGUCCCGCACAUGCCUCCGGACGUUACCUGGAACGAAGUUUAAGCGAUUCCUUAAAUCCUUGGAGGACAAGACAUCAUCUCAUACGAUUCAGGCAUAUAUCUGGCACGCACCAUACCUGCUCUCGUACGCUGGCUUCAUCAUCGCCCGAGCCAUCUACGAUGUCUCUGAGUCAAUGCUACUAGAGAUCCUCUGGCUGACAUUCGCAAUGGCAUGGGGUACCAUCAAAGUCUGGGAUACACGCGCCGCAGCCUCAUGGAACUAUGACGGCUACAACUUCACGCUCAACCAAAAGGUUUCCGAAGAGAACUCCUGGGGUUUCGGUCAGACUUUGCCGUUGAUCUUACUACUACUGCCGCUUCUCUCAAUGGCCCAGGCGUACCUUGACGACGAUGCAAAAGCUCAAGAGAUCAUCCGAGCUGACGAGGACACAUCCUCCCCGCCUGGAACGGCGGCGAAUGCAGAGGCGGAGGAUCCGAGCGCUGUCGACCCAGACCCAUUCGAUUCCCAGAACUGCAAUCGGCUUAUUAACCUUCCAACAUACCCCUACGAGAACUUCGCCUCGCACGACUGGUAUCACGAUCACUUGAUCCUUCUGGUGUCCCAGAUUAUCAUGGUCAGCACCGUCGCGCUUUUCUUUCUCACGCGCUUAGCAGACAUCUUCGGCAUCUCCUCUAUUCUACGCAGUAGACUCUUCGUCAUCUGGAUUCUAGCUAUCUUACCGCUGGCGUCGUUCAUUCACCUGGCAGCAUGGUAUUUUGCGGCUUUAGUGGUCGGUAAGUGGCCUGGCGCAGGGAGACGGUUGUCCAGAGAGAACGAAGAGAGGAGAGACCAGACCAGGGAAGGUCAAGUGGUGCACUGGAUAUGGCGAGCGGGACUCACAGCAGGGUGUUUGCUGUUCACGUUCUUUGUCAGUUUAGAAUCGGCCGGACCGAACUCGCUGUUCUCGUAUCUGAGAUGA